AUGCAGAAAGUUGAUCAAAAAGCCUCCAGCUUCACAUGUCGUUACAAUCGGUGUUGCGACGUCGUCAUAGAGAGUACAAGCUACUGUCAGAGGCAUAUUUUGAGCUCGAAGUUUGCCCCUAGUUUGGGCUACAGACUCUGCGCAUAUAGGAACGCUUCAGGCAAGAGAUGUCAACGCCCAGUGAAAGUCACUGAUGCAGACUUAUCGGAGGAACAGAAAGAAUCGGACAAGAACGAGGCUAAUGAUAAGAUCCAAUGCGGCCAACACAUGAAACAGAUUUCACCGAAUCCGGAGCUGUAUCGAAAAUUGAAGGAUUGCGAGAUGGACUAUCCAGAAUCCGACUCCGAAAUAGCAGUCGAACACAAUCCCCAUCCACUGAUAAAAUCCAGCGUUGUUGAGGAGAAGGAAUUCUUGAAGCUUAUGCUAAAAGCUGCACAGGCGGAAAAAGAACUUCGACUCGCACAACUGGAUGUUAUCAACAGGAAAUUAGUUCAAACUGGAAAGAAGACGGGCCGUCUGGAUUUCCUAAAACACUCACUAACAGGCAAUGAGUAUCUUGUCGCUCAGUUAGCGAAGAAGAAACGUUAUCAACUUUACAAGUUGCCUGGAGAUAAAGUGAGGGAACCAACAAAGCGACGGUGUGUAUUUGAAGACUGCUGGGACUGCGCUUUGCCACUUGCAGAACACUGUAAAGAACACAUCGCCGAUCCCUCGAAUCCAAACAUUCCCUACAUUUAUCGAUACCUGCCCUCAAAUGUUGACGACAUUGUCCUCGAUGACGCCGGAUACAGUGAGACACCUGUCGCAAAGCUGAAAGAGGCAUACGAAAAACACUUCGCAAAUGUCAACUGGGACGAAGGAAAGAAAGAUACUGAUGCGGGAGAGUCAAGCGUCAAUACUUCUCGAGCAACUUCGCGUACUACUUCGAGAGCUAAUUCAAGAUCUAACUCAAAAUCGAACUCAAAAUCGAACUCAAGAUCGAACUCGCGAUCCAAUUCGCGGUCGAAUUCGAGAGCAAACUCAAGAGCUUCGACGCCGAACUUUCUUGAAAGUAACAUGUCCGAUUCUUCGAAGCCAGGAACACCAAAUGGAAGAUUCUCAGCUAUGGUUCCUCCGAAGUCAGAAGUUAACGUUCGUAAAAGGGAAUUGAAUGGUAUUCAAGAGGAAUCAAUGGAAAUUUCCAAAAGCAUUCUUGGCGAGGAAAGUACCGAAAUUGGCGGAGUCAAACAAGAUAAGCCUUGGACUUUGUCGGAAUCAGGAAGCAGCGACGAUGGAGGCGACUCCGACAAUACUGAGUCGAAAGAUUAUGCGCCUAUUGAGUGGGAGAAGAAGCCGUUUCAACAGGGUGGUCUUGGAAGUGUUAUAAAGCUUGAAAACUGGCUUUAUGACAUCAAUGCGCCAAAUCCACUUUCUGAUUCAACGAGAAACAUUCUUCAAGUACCUGCCCCAGAAGCAAAGAAAGCAGUUCCCCGACGCCCUCAGCCACCGCCCAAAAAUCCAGGUCCAAAACUGCUUCCUGUUUCGAGUAUGCCAAGCUCAGUAGCGCCAAGAACGAAGAUAACAUCCGCACCUCCACCACAAGAACAGCGUGGAAUGAUGAUCGCCCCGAAUACUCAGCAAAUUCAGCUACCAACGGGCCAGACUGCCAUCCAGAUUCCUCAAAGUCAACUUCAGUCAAUCCUUGGGUCAAACUUUUCAACCAUACAGGCGAUUGCUGGCGACCAGAAAAGUGGACAGCAAGUGUUUCAACUUCUGCCUGGUCAGCAAAUAAUUCAACAAGCUCAAAUGGGCACUAGUGGGCAAGUGAUUUCGAUGGUUCCAACGAUUCAGCCAGCCAUUCAACCAGCGGUCCAAAUUCCACAACCUAUUGCUGCAAAGACGUCUAAGCCACGGGUGGACACCCAACGAUCUCAAACAAAAAUAGCAAAACAAAAGGUGAAAACGGAACCGAAGCUGGCUGAUUUGAAUUUUUUCGGGCCUCAGGAGCCACGAAAUAGAAAACCUUCUGGUGGGAACAUCAAGCCUGUCUCUUCUGCUCUAGAGAGACUUGCUAAGAAAGCUGAAGAACGAAGCAGUCCAGUCCAAUUUCAAUCUGGCGGCGGCCAGACAACGUAUGGUCAACUAACACCUCGCUCAUCCGGCCAGGCCACUCCAAAAAUGUCGACUCCAGGAACAUCUGGCUCUCGGACAAAUAUCAAACUUGUCAAAUCAAAACUGAGUAGUUUAGAAUCUGCCACUACUGUAAAUAUCCCGCAAGCUCAAUCUUCUGACUCCGAAAAGUGA